UGGAGUCCCGUGAAAGAGCCCGAGCGAGGCAGGGCUCAGUGUACCGACGGCUGUUUCUUUAAUUGGGAUCAAACGGACAGACAGUUACGGGGAAGGGGCGAGUCGUGAACGCGAAUCUGGAACUUGCGAAACAUUUCUGCUUCUUCACGGCCAGUGUUAACUUUUCUCUGAAAACAAUCACGAGUGUGGAACUCGCCAGAGCUCUCUAGGAAGUACAACCAUCCCUUUAACACAGCCUUCAAACCGGGGUGGAAGCAGGGGGUCUCUCGAUGGCAUUCCUGACGAAAAGGAAGAGGUUUAAGUUUCUGGUGAGGCUGACGGUGGUGAACCUGUCUGCCGUGCCGUUCGUGAACGGGAUCCUUUUCUGUAAAAUCCGCCUCCUGCAAGGCGGAGGCUUCAGCGAACUGACCUCGAGGGAAGAAGUGCAGGAGAACUCUGUCCACUGGCAGAAGGAAUUUCGCUUCAUGUGCAAGAUGAACGGCAGCCCUGUCACGGGGGUCCUCGAUCCGAGCGUCUGUCGGGUGUCUGUCCGCAAGGAGCUGAAAGGCGGAAAGUCGUUUGUGAAGCUGGGCUUCGUAGACCUGAACCUGGCCGAGUUUGCCGGUGCCGGAUCCACUGCUCGCUGCUGCCUGCUGGAGGGCUACGACACCAAGAACACGCGGCAGGACAACUCCAUCCUCAAGGUAUCCAUCAGUAUGCAGCUACUGUCGGGCGAUCCGUGCUUCAAGACUCCCCAGUCCACGGCCAAGCCCAUCGAGGUCCUGGGCUCUGGGAGCUCGCUGGCGCUGGAUUGUAAAGGUGACGAUGGGACGGGGAGUUCUGACCUGGAGACGGAGACCCUCCGGCUGGAUACCUGCAAGCAGAGGAGUGCCAGGUCCUCCCUGGAGACAGCAGGAAGCCCCGAAGGCGGUGACCGCCCACCAGAGCAGCUGAUCUGGAACAGGCAUUCACGAAAUUCCAGCGCCUCCAGUCAACUGUCCCGAUUCUCAGGUUACAGCUCAGAGGGCUCAGUUUACAUGCUCCGCUUUGAGCCAGCCCACCGGCGGGAAGGAUCUGCCAGUAGCAACCUGUCCUCAGGGAUUGGGAGCAUGGCUGACCUGCCAGACGCGGCGACGGGGAAGGAAGCGUCUCCGGAGACAGUGGCCCCGUUACGUGGGCUCCCCUUCCGCUCGGAGCGGCAGUUGAGGCGGAAGAAUGAGGGAUCGGAGACCCGGCCGACGCAGGUCGACGACACGCGGGUGAAUGCCGACGACGUUGUGGAGCAGAUUCUCCAGGGACAGGACUUCAGCCAGUCCAGCGGCUGUGAAGAUGGCGGACUACAGCUGUACGUGGGUCGAGAUGGGACUGUCCGACUGGGGAACAAACAGACAGAUAACAGGUGGUGUGACUACAAGCCCGUGGUGAUCGAAAUCCACUGAGCCAAACAUUCCAACAAUUUCCCUGCUGCUCUUAUCAACCGGAAUUGUGCGAGGACCUGGAAUUUCUACCGCAGAGCACAAUGGGCAUUUUAUCUUAAAGGACAGUGAACAAUAUCCAGCAGAAAAUGUUGGGGGAAGGAGGAGGCAGCGAGAACCAGCGGAGGUUUGGGGGUGGUGGUGUUGACCCUACCUCAGGUCACCUGCUGGAGAGUGAAGAUUUGGAACCUGGAUGGUGCGAUCGCAAUAAACAUGAACAAUUACAAAACUCAUGAACAGCACCCCACGUUUCUGUGAGGAACUGUCUCCACCAGAUUGGAAUUGUUAACUCUUCCUCUCUGGCCAGUGGUAAUGAGACUUGGUAAAGGGCACCCUAACUUCAUGGUCUAACGUAAUGUAUGAGGAUUGGUUCUAAUGACCUGGGAUUUAGGGUGUAUAUGGGGAGCAGCUGGUGCUAAAUUUCUGAGUGGUUGCACUUUUAAGGUUUGUGAUGCCUAAUAGUGGCGACGAGUCUCUACCCCCUUUCUAAUACCAACCCCUCUUCCUAUACUACCCGCCCCCCCAACUGGGUCAUGAGUCUCAUCAGAACAGUGAGGAUGUCACAUCUGACCAUGACUUCCCCACCAUCUCAAGCUCUAUCCUUGUGUGACUCCCCACCCUGAUGGGAAGCAGAACAGCUUCAGCUCAUCUGAUUGUCUGAGACGGAGUUUUAAAAAAGUGUCGGGUGCUUUUCAAGCUAUUAAACGAGGAAAAGAUUAUUAUUUUUAGAUGCUCUCCUGUUUGUUUUAAUUUGUGAAUUUCUUGAGGUUUCAGGAGAGAUUGGGGAUGGUUGUCUUGUUUUGCGAUUCCACCUUGCUCUGCUCCUGUUGGACCUGGGGAACAAGGGUGACCUUAAGCCAACUAUCCUGUUAAAGCUAGGCAACUUUCGUGCCUCGUGAUUGUUGGGAACGGGACUUAACCUAAAGACGAGUAGCCUAAACUUUUGGAUUUCCUGCUGGUUAUGUACCAGACAAGUUGUCCCUUUUUCUCUUUCAUUCGCCCCUGCCCCCACUUCCCACCUCUGAUCAGUUUGGUUCAAGGAAAAUAGGAAUAAGUAGCCACAUGUUUUUAAUUGUUGAAAUGUGCGGCUCCAGGAAAAUCCCCAAAAGUUCCAGGAUUAUUCUUGGAGGAUAAUCAGCUUUUGCUGCUGUUUUCUGUUCUUCAUGUGGCCCUCCUGAUCCCAGUGGAUUGGUGAGGGAGAAAGGGAUCUUUCCAAUGAGUUCAGAAUUGUCCUGAGCUCAUUCAUGAUGGGGUAUGAAGAAGGGAAGAGGGGAGUUUGACUUGGCCCUUCUGAAGAUGGGUGACAGAGAGAAGAAAUGUUUGUGAUCAAAUAUUUAAGUAAAUUGGGAUGAGAAAGCAGGAGCCAUUCCACAUUUGUCCUCCUCCCUAGGUGUUUCCUGUCCAAAGUUGCAAGCCCCAUAGAUGCCAUCUUGGGUGAGGUGGCCGGUGAUAUAAUUUGCCAGUUGAAUUGUUGUGUUCUUGAUCUUUUGUUCUCUCCUUGUAUGAUCUCUUCUUUCUUUUAGAAUUGUUGCUGAGGAUCUAGAAAUCACAGCCCCUUUACGCCGAGAUUUGUUUAAUACUCUAAAGCCCUCUAGUGGGGGAGAGGGUUGUGGAGACGCCGUGUGAAGAAUAUUUCUGUGAAAUAUUUUUGGGAAUGUGCUGCUUACAGGAUUGACUCAUGUUUCUGUGUUUCUGGAGAAUGGACUUGAUUUUAUUUUUAGAAAUUGUAAUUUAUCAAUAAAAUAUCUUUUAUUUAAAGAAAGUCUUUUGGAGGAAAAUGUAUUUUUAAAUAAGUUUCAUACAUCAAAGUUGCUGGUG